GCGUGAAGGUUUCAUCACAGGAUCCUUUCUCGGUCUCAGUGCUUUUGACGGACGUGGUGGUGUAGUAGGAAGAUGUUCCGUAAAAAGAUCGUCAAACUCUCUGUUUUUGGACUUAAAAAUGUCUCAGGACGAGGACAGGUGCUGUCUGCGGCAGUUUUCAGAAAUCAGCACAGCAAGGCUGAGCAACAUGGGCAGCCCACUUCGAUCCGGCCAGAGACCUCUACUGCCAAGACCUUGAUGGACAUUGGUACCCGCCGGAUCUUCAACGAGGACCACGAUAUCUUCAGGCAAAGUGUCCGGCGCUUCUUCCAAGAGGAGGUUGUCCCUUACCACCAUGAGUGGGAGAAGGCAGGUCAAGUGAGUAGAGAGGUGUGGGAGAAAGCUGGGGAGCAAGGCCUGCUGGGAGUAUCGAUACCAGAGGAGCAUGGUGGUAUAGGUGGAGAUGUGUUUUCUUCAGCUAUCACCUGGGAGGAGCAAAUGUAUAGCAACUGUUCUGGUCCGGGUUUUUCUUUGCACUCUGACAUCAUCAUGCCUUACAUCGUCAAAUACGGCAGCAAGGAGCAGAUUGAGUGUUUUGUUCCGAACAUGACUGCUGGGAAAUGCAUUUGUGCAAUUGCAAUGACAGAACCAGGAGCUGGCAGCGAUCUGCAGGGUGUAAGAACAUACGCCAAGAAGGAUGGCAGUGACUGGAUUCUGAAUGGUAACAAGGUGUUUAUCUCAAAUGGUUGGAUGGCAGACCUGGUGGUGGUUGUAGCCGUGACCAAUCGUGAUGCAAAGACAGCAGCUCACGGGAUCAGCUUGUUCCUGGUAGAGGAUGGCACGAAAGGUUUCCAGAAAGGACGCAAGUUAGAAAAAAUUGGUCUCAAAGCACAGGACACAGCUGAGCUCUUCUUUGAGGAUGUGCGACUUCCUUCCAGUGCCCUCUUGGGCCAGCUCAACAAAGGUUUCUACUACCUGAUGAAUGAACUACCACGGGAACGUCUAGUGAUUGCCGACAUGGCCAUAGCAAGCUGUGAGUUCAUGUUUGAGGAAACCAGAAAUUAUGUUAUGCAGCGGAAGGCUUUUGGCAAGACCAUUGCUCAUCUACAGACUGUGCAGCACAAGCUGGCAGAGCUGAAGACCGAGAUCUGUGUGGGCCGAACCUUUGUCGAUAACUGCCUUCAGCUUCUUUCUGAGAAACGACUGGAUCCAUCCACUGCCUCCAUGGCCAAGUUCUGGGCAUCUGACCUCCAAAACAAGGUGGCCACUCAGUGCCUGCAGCUCCAUGGAGGAUGGGGCUACAUGUGGGAAUACCCCAUUGCCAGGGCAUUUGUUGACUCACGUAUUCAACCAAUCUAUGGAGGCACCAAUGAGAUAAUGAAGGAGCUAAUUGCUCGUAACAUUGUCAGCACGAAUUGAGACAUUUGGAGGGUUUGGAUGCGUCAAAGAUGUCCCAUCAGAACCUUUAUCCCGCAUUCCCGUCCACAUGCAUAAUUCAGAGCACUAACUGGUUCUCUGUGAUCAAACAUUUGUUUGGUGUAGCAUCUAUGAUAGAUGAUAAUCUAAAUUUAUGUGAAUAUUUUAUCAUGACAUUGUCAUAUGUUUGGAUAGAAACUGAUUGGUUUUUAAUAUCUUGUGUUUAUUUUGUAGAUUUGGACACAUGGAAACUUUCUAACAUAAAGAUUCAUAUACACAAUAUCACUAAAACAUGGGCAACUACGACCUUUUUGUUAUUUUUUUAGUCACAUAUGUCAUAAUAAAAGUGUGUGAAUGCCAUUCAAACGAAAACCUAAAUUAGAUUCAUUUCUGCACUAUGUAACUUCCACCAGUAGGUGGCAGCAAGUGAUUACCAGAGUUGGUACAAUAUUUCUGUGGGCUUUUAUUUGAAUUUAGCUUGUAAAAGCUGUGAGUGAAUUGUUUAAAGUAAGUAUAUUUACAACGUUUUCAGUUCUGUUUUGCAGGUUUAUAUAUACAUAUUUGUGUUUGUUAUUAUGCUCUUUCAAAGUAUCCUGCUGGUUGUGAAAUUGUGUUCUUUGUGAUUAAGCAGUCAGCAUCCCUGCCAUGAAAGUUGUAGCUACCGGUCCUCCUUCCCCUCAUGUCUCCCCCAUGUUCACCCCGCCUUCCCACUCUUCCCUCAUUAUCCCCCCCCCCCCCCCCCCCCCCCCACACACACACACACACACACACACACACCGUUUCCCUCGCACUCUUUUUCCUCAGCAACAGCCACACCCCAGUACUGCAGCUCUGCAGGGCCUUCAACCCCUCUAUCCCAGUUAUUACGGUAAAAUAAGCUGAGGCUUUAUUUAUUUAUUUUUUUCUUUACAAUGACUUUCAUAGGAAGGCAGAGAUGGGGAACCAUCCAGAAGUGUUAAGAUAAAAGUUGAUACUAAUUGAUUUUCCCACGAAAACAGUCAAAAGUUGGAUAUUUCACAGAGAGCUCAAGGAAGAUGACCACAUUGUGCUUAAUGAAGCUGUAUUUGUUUCAUUUGUUUAUUUGAUAGAUGCUUUUAUCCAACGCAACAUACAAUUGUUAACCUAUAGGACAUGUUGUGAUCUGUGGGGAAAACCGGAGUAUCCGGAGGAAACCGACGCAUGCAUGGGGAGAACACGCAACUCUAGUAGAAAGACUGCAGCCGGGUUUCGUACCUGCAACCUUCUUGCUGCGAGGCAACAUUGCAAACAACUGUGCCACCAUGCAGUUUGUUUACUAAGUAAAUGACAAAAACAAGUAAUCAUGUUGAUUACUAUGUCUUGUGAAGGAUUGAAAGAAGUUCUAUUAUGCAGAAGUAGCCAAAUGAUUGUGUCUGUUCAGUAAAUUAAAAUUCACUUGGA